AUGGGUCUCUAUACUGGUUUUGACAUGGUUCCACGCCUAUCUGAAAGGACAGAAGAUCAGAAGAGCUGGGAGCGUUUUAUUCAAGCCGUCAAAGAACACUACCAAAACGAUGAUUUGGUUGAAGCAAAACAGAACUGUAUCAUCGUCAAAGUAGACCGGAAUCUUUUUCUUCCAUCUGAGGGCCAUAAGCUUCUGCGAUUCUGUUCGAAAAUUUCUGUUCGUCAUGCUGAAGGGGUCGAGGACUAUCUAGAUACGAUAACUAGGAUUGCAGAGGAACAUUUUGGCUCUCGAGUUCAUACUUGGGAGGAGGAACUCAAACAGGAAGGGUUUUAUAGAUGGGUCGUUGUUUAUGAUUCACGGAAGUAUUUUGAGCAGCUGGGUGAACCAAAUGCUUCGGCUGUCAUUGAUUUCAAUGUAUUCAAGAACAAUUCAAAGACUGGAAAGGACUCAAAAAUGUUCAGUAUCGAACAGGUGCCAGGAAAAGGGAAAGGUCUGAUAGCUCGCUUCAAUAUCGAAAAAGGAAAACGAAUACUUUCGGAGAAAUCCUUCUUGGAAAUCAGAACUACCUUAGCAUCAGGAGCAUACCUUGAAAGCAAUAUUUCCCAAAAAAGCAACGGCAAUUUUUUUUCGCUGCAAAACAACAUUUGCAAGGGACAACCGUUUUCCGGCAUCCUGGUAACCGAUGCUAUAGGUCGCGGCAAUGGCUCUACAAUUGUUGAUAUAUAUCCUACAAUUUGCCUCAUCAAUCACGACUGUCUUCCCAAUACGCAUACUUACUGGAACCCCAAAACCGAAUGCAGAAAUGUCCACGCCGUGCGCGCCAUCAAAUCUGGAGAAGAAAUAACCAUUGCAUACCGCCCCGGUAAAGGAGAAACGCUCGAUGUACGGCGUGAACAUCUCAAGAGAGCAUAUGCAUUUGAUUGCACAUGUCUUCUUUGCAGUCUCUCUCCAGCCGAGACUCAAGCGAGUGAUACCCAACGUACCCAUCUUAGAUUUCUUAGACAUGAACUUCAUAAAGAGAAGCGAAUGCUUGAACACCCUACAGAAAGUCUAGCAGACUGCCACACCUCUGUUCAGAUACUCAAAGAGGAAAAUAAGGAUAGGGCAAACAUGUUGAUCUCUGACAUCUACCGGGAUGCUUUCAAUAUUAGCAUUGCGCAAAGUGAUCAAGCGCGAGCGAGCUGUUUCAUGGAGAGAGCUUAUAGUGAAAGAGUUCUGUGUGAAGGAGAGGAUGGCCCAGACGUUCAGAAUAUGAGAAGAUUGAUAAAGAAACCGUCCCAAUAUGAAAGUUUUGCGCUAACAAAUAAGUGGCAGACUGGAAAGAAGGAAGUACCAAAGGGACUGAAUACUGAAGAGUUUGAAAAGUGGUUGUGGAGAGAUGGAAUGUAG